AUGAGUAGCGAUGAUGAUAUCCCGGUGGAUCUUUCAGCAAUACCCGCAGUAAGUGCUCUGUUAGAGCUGGGCGAGUUGUCCUUUGCCGAGUUUGGCAUUGCCUUACAGGCAGGCGACAUCGCCGAGGUGGUCGUUAUACGACCUGAGGAGGAGUUAAACUCCUCAUCGCUUUUUGAUAAAGCAGUUCUUGAAGAUACCAAGAAGGCGCUGAAUGCGCGUAGUGGAUCACAGAUACUGAAGGACCCUUCGUAUCCUUAA